CUGGCUCUGGGCCAUGAGUGCCUGGAACCUGGCUCCUCGGCCUGGUCUCGUGUGGGCAGCACUCCACACAGCACCUGCGACAGGGGCCACUUCACACCUUGCCAAGGGACAGAGGGAGGGCCAAGGGAGUAGAUGAUCUUGCACAUUGUGGCUCACAUUGAUGUGUCCUUGGGGUGAGGGUGCCAUCCAGUGCUGCCAGCUCUCACCUGGGCCAGGCCAUCCUCUGCUAGCUUCAGGGUCUUUGACUUGAAAGGUGUACCCUCUGAGGGUGCCCUGCUGGCUGGAAACAGGACUGUGGAGCUCAGGUUAGGAGCGGGGGUGGCUGAGCCUUUAUUGCCCAGCAAGACCUUUCAACACCCCUGGGGCCAUGAGGCUGGGAGCCCCGCUAGCCCCCGGGGUUGUGGCUUUUCCUGCUUUACUUGUUAUUAUUUGUCUGACAAUAUAUUUAAUUAUAAGAUUUUAUGUAUUUUCAGGCACGUUUCUUUUAAGUAGCAUAUGACUGGAUUUGACCUUUGAUGGUGUUUGCUAUUGAUUAUACCCACACCAGUUCUCAUGUUCCUCAUCUGUAAAAUGGGUCAAUAAACUUGACACCCCCUCCAAGAGAAUUUGCUGGACUGAAGGGCCCAGCCCAUGGCCUGGCUGCUGGCCCUGGACCCAGCCACAUCUCGUCGUCUCUGGUGAGCCCAGCAUAAUGGGGCAGGGACAAACCCUGCUGGCCAGGGCAAGGCGUGGAGCCAAAGGGGCUGAGGGAGCACCAGGCACACUCAGGAGGCCAGUCCCGAAGGCUCCCACACUGGGCCUCAGUUUCCUCCACAGCAUGUAGCUAGCUAGGCCUGGAGCUGCUUCAGUCUGGGCCCAGUGCCCUCUCACCAUGGCAGGUGUCCUUGCCUGGUAUUGACCUCAACUGCCUACCCUGGCACCGCAGCCAAGAUUAACAAGGAGCAGGGGCCAGAGCCAGGGCAACAGGGGCUGGUACCCACUUCCCUAGGAGAUUCAGGACCCCUCAAGGGCAGACUGCCCCCACCAGGAGCUGCUGCCAACCUCCUGCCCCAGCACCCGGAGCCCUGGAAGGGCACAGGAAACGCCAUGGGAAUUCUGGCUGCCCUUGCACGUGUCUGUGGGCCUGAGGAUGGAUGGCGGGUGGGUGUGCAUGUGAGAAGCAAGCGAGGAUUGCGGGACAGAUGGGUGGGGGGCGGGGGGAGUGAGUCAGUGGUGGAGGGCCAGGAGUGGGGAGCAGGCGUGGGAGGGGUGCCCUGACCCUCUGUGGUGUGGGGAUGACACAGGCCAACCACCCCCGCCCAGAGCUAUUUCUGGCCUUGGUGCACUGAGCUGUGGCCUCCUGUUCUGCCUCAUAACUGUGGUCUGUGACGUGACCGCCUCACGGGGACAUGGCUGGUGUCUAAGAGGAUCCUGAGCUGACUGCUGUCCCGGCUGUGCUACAGCUGGCCCCACCCCCAGCCCCAGCCCUCUGCAGCCUCUUACCCCAGCCCUGGGAAGCAGCAGCUCAGAACCUCCCUGGAGAUUCCCCUCCCAGCCACCCUUGGCACAGGAGCACGCUGCCUGCCCCUCUGCACGUGGCCUGCAGCCCAGCCCCUCCGUACCCUCCCCCAUUACUAGCCAGGCCACCAGCCUUCAUGCUUGGGCAGGACACGCCUCGUGGUCCCUCUGGGCAGCACUGUGACUAUCUCCCUUGGCCACCUCUCCACCUGGGUAGUCUGGGGUGGGAGCAGGGCAGGGCUUAACCACUCACUGCCUCAGUUUCCUAAUCUGUAAAUGUAUUGCUGACUCACAUCUUUUUAUAGCAGGUGAUGGGACCCUCCGGUGAUCACAGCUCAGGGGCGGCAUCGGGGCCUGAAGGCACCGAGCUGUGUGCGAUGAAAGCCGGUGCUCGGGGCCUCCACAGCUGCCUGCCCUGUGCUGCCUCCUGGCCUCACUGGGCAGAGGCAGAGGCAUCCCUGUGGGACCUCAACCCAGGCUUGGCAGGGCAUGGAGGUGGGCGGGGCCCCAGGAACAGUUGGGGCCAGGGACGACAUGAAGAAGGCCAUCCCUACUCGGCUCGGCUUAGCUACCUGGGCUGCUGGGGUGAGCUGCUGACCUCAGCAGCCGCCUGCCUGCCCGCCAGCUGGGCGCAUCCCCAGAACCUCCCACCGCCACCUCCCCAUCCCCUUUCUCCACCCCUCACCUCUGCUCCUGCCCUCCUCACCCUCCCCCCUCCUCCUCCCUCCUCACUCCCUCCUGUGGUGGACGUGAACAGCCCUCCAUUCAGCGGAGCUGAUGGUGCAGGUGCCCACCUGGGCCGCCUGUUGCUCCCAUCAGGGGCACACGUCCUGGACUGUUUGCUGCCCAGCCUCCUAGGCCUUCAGCCUGGUAAUCCUGGGUCCUGCCCUGCCCAGUCUGGCUGCUGCAGGGAGCGGCCCUGGGUCAGUAUCCGGUCACUGUCCCCCCUGGGAAAGCUCAGAGCCUUCCAGGCAGGAGAGCCAGCCCUCCCCAGACCGUGGCUCUGGAGCCAGGCCUGGGCUGAGACAGGAGCUCCCAGCUGUAACCCAGCCCUGGCAGCCAGCAGGGCCACCCCUCCAUCCUGGGGGGGUCCCAGGAGGAGACCCUGGAGGAAAGAAGAGAUGCAAAUUGGCCUGGGAGGGUGGGAGAGGCACAGAUGUGCCAGUUUGUGUGCAGCUUGGACACGGAGGACAGCCCGCUGGGGCCCUCACAGGCUCAGGUGGCCGCAGGGCUGUCCUGGGUGGGGACGGUGGACAGGCACAAUCUCCAUGGUUUCUCUGUGAGAGCUGGGGCCGUGGCAGGGCUGGUUGCUCACCCCAUAUACAGGGGGCAGGAAGGACAGAGCUCAUACUGGAUGAUCUGUGAGAAUUGGGACCAGGGUGAGACUGGGUGAGAGUGGAAAGUGGGGUGAUGGCAGGCAGGGAGGCCAGGCUGUCUCCAGAAGGACAGUAGAGUAUCCUGUUAGAGUUGGCCGGGCAGAUAGAAGAGAGAGAAAGGCAGAUAGAGGGCCACAGAGACCUUGUGGCCUCGAGGCUGCAGAGCCCAGGGAACAGGUCAGGGGCCACGGGCCAGGGAGGUCUUUUGGGGUUGUGAGGGGCUGCGGUCCACCAUGGGGACAGGGAGGAGGCCGGUGAGUCACAGGUCUGGCCCCCUGGGGUGGGGUCAGAGGAUGCCCUCCCGCCACCUGGCUGGGUCUCCCUCACUCCGGGGCCCCAGCUGUGAAGACAAACCCAUGCUGCAAAGUUAGGUUUGAUUAUCUCAUAAAAAGAUGCCCCCUCCUGCUCGCUCAGCAGAGGGGUUGCCAUGGAGACCAGUGGGCAGGCCCCAAGGGGGGCUGGGCUGGAGCCAAUUACCGUGGCUACAGCGAGGAGAGAGCCCACCUCACCCGACUCUCAGAAGUUGGUUUACGAAAAGCAGUUGUCUCGGCAGGAACCAAGCCGUGUCUUUGUGCCCAAUACCCACUUCCUGGCAGAACUGAGCGCCACGUGGCCACUCCCCCAUGUCCUCCCUUGUCUCCCCUGACCCCACACCACCGUGUGGCUCAGUUCUGGCUCCUCACUGGGGCCAUGUUUAGAGUGGACACAGCAGCUUCGGGAGGGAGGAGAGGGAUCUCCCUCUCCUCCGAGCACAGGGCUCGGUUCAGGGGGAGUGAGCUGAGCCCCGACCACAGCCAGACUCACAGCCCACAGCUUCAGGCCUGGAGCCACAGGACGGUGGUGGGAUGGUGGCGUGGCUCAGUGGUGGUGUGGCAGGCGUGGCCACCAUGGGUGGCUAGUCUUGGUGGGUACAGCCACACCGUAUAGUUGGUGACAAGGCUCAGUUGGUGACCCCCACAGUCGGUGGUAUGGUCGGUAAUGUGAGUCCUGCCCCUGCCCCCAGAGCACCUGGGGCCUCCACCCCACCUGGCCCCAGGACAGGAAGUGCCAUUUACAUAGCACAGUUUUCUCUCUGGUGACAGCAGGUGAGACAGCAAUGGGGAGCUGGCAUGGUCAGGCCCCACCUUCCUAGGAAGAGUGUAUAGGAAGAGAGCAGAGAGGGUGUCUGCAGUUUAAAGAGAACCCAAGGCCAGGUGCUUUCCUCGCCCAGCCCACCCAGGGAGGGGCCUCCAGACCCCCAUCCCUGGGCUGCCAUUUCCCUAGUAGCCAACAAAUGGCCCUGGGGCUGGAAGUGUGGCAGAGGAGGCCCCCAGGCUGUGGGGAAAGGGGUCUCAGGACCUGUGAACCUGAGUCUGGGAGGACGCACAUGCCCAGCGAUCACUGCACGUUCUGGGCUUGCUGGGCUCUAUGUUUGGGGCAUCUGCACUGUCUGCCCAAGUAGACAGGACCCAGUGGGGCAGGGGCCCCUUGCGGGUGGGAGGGCCCCGGGGUCACAAUUCUGGGUUGGGGAAGCUGGCCUGUGGUCCGCUCAUUCCUCCUGCCUGGCUCCAACCCCAGCACUUAGCUGGCCUCCUGUCUGCAGAAUCCUGCUCUUAGCCAGCUGCCGAGGAAGGUGUUAGCUGUCAAUGCAGGUGUUAGCUGAUAACUCAAGUGUUGGCUGAUAAGCUAUAACCCUCCCGGGGGGAUUCACAUUUUAAUAGACUCACUGCUGAAGGCGGAAAGAAUUUUCAGCAUUCGAAAGGGGUAGGGGCUCAAUGGUGGAAUGAGAGGCAGGAAAGCUUACUCCGGAGUGGGUGACCCCACUGGUGAGACCAGCUCUGGAUGUGGCAUCCCAGCAGGUACUACUGCCCAUGCAGGGCCUUGGUGAAGCCCCGGGUGUAUCUGGCCCUGUAAUGGAGGAGGGCUUACAGGCCCCUGGGGCUGAGGGAGAACCCACUGGGAGGCUGUCCUUGCUGAUGGCAUCUGGGUGGGAGGGGUGCAGGCAGCUGGCACUGCAGGGGUUGGCUGGGGAGGAGCGAACUCCUCCCAGGGAGGAGAUGGAGCAGAGAAUGAGGCCAGGGGGCGGAGGCUUCAGGAGGGGUUCCUGCCAAGUCAGGAAGUGCUUGAAAGGAGGAUGUGUGGAGGAGGGAGCAGCCUGCCUGGGUGGUUGUGGGACGUGACUCCUCCUCCCGAGCCCUGGACACACUCGCCCUCCACCCCCACCCUUGGGCAUCCAGGAGCUUGUUUCUGAGAUAGCAGAGGUACCCAGAGGGACCCCAGCCCCGCUGCAGUGUUUCCUAGGCCCUGUGGGUGGAACCCCCACUGGGAGCCCCGGAGACUCGUGCAGUGCGGGCUCUGUGUUCACCGGAGUCCUGAGGAGGUGCCUGCAGUUGCCAGCGCCCAUUCCAGGAGGCCUUCAAGGAGCCGGCUGCUGGCAUGGGUGCUGUGGCUGCAGGCCUGGCGGGUGGCAGCCCCGUGCCCAGGCGCCUGUGUAUGCUACAAUGAGCCCAAGGUGACAACAAGCUGCCCCCAGCAGGGCCUUCAGGCUGUGCCCGCGGGCAUCCCUGCCUCCAGCCAGCGCAUCUUCCUGCACGGUAACCGCAUCUCACAUGUGCCAGCUGCCAGCUUCCGCGCCUGCCGCAACCUCACCAUCCUGUGGCUGCACUCGAAUGUGCUGGCCCGAAUUGACGCGGCCGCCUUCACUGGCCUGGCCCUCCUGGAGCAGCUGGACCUCAGCGACAAUGCACAGCUCCGGUCUGUGGACCCUGCCACCUUCCACGGCCUGGGCCGCCUGCACACGCUGCACCUGGACCGCUGCGGCCUGCAGGAGCUGGGUCCGGGCCUGUUCCGUGGCCUGGCUGCCCUGCAGUACCUCUACCUGCAGGAUAACGCGCUGCAGGCGCUGCCUGAUGACACCUUCCGCGACCUGGGCAACCUCACACACCUCUUCCUGCACGGCAACCGCAUCUCCAGCGUGCCCGAGCGCGCCUUCCGCGGCCUGCACAGCCUCGACCGUCUCCUGCUCCACCAGAACCGCGUGGCCCACGUGCAUCCGCACGCCUUUCGUGACCUUGGCCGCCUCAUGACACUCUAUCUGUUUGCCAACAAUCUAUCAGCGCUGCCCACCGAGGCCCUGGCGCCCCUGCGUGCCCUGCAGUACCUGAGGCUCAACGACAACCCCUGGGUGUGUGACUGCCGGGCACGCCCGCUCUGGGCCUGGCUGCAGAAGUUCCGCGGCUCCUCCUCCGAGGUGCCCUGCAGCCUCCCGCAACGCCUGGCUGGUCGUGACCUGAAACGCCUAGCUGCCAAUGACCUGCAGGGCUGCGCUGUGGCCACCGGCCCUUACCAUCCCAUCUGGACUGGCAGGGCCACCAACGAGGAGCCGCUGGGGCUUCCCAAGUGCUGCCAGCCAGACGCCGCGGACAAGGCCUCGGUACUGGAGCCUGGGAGACCGGCUUCGGCAGGCAAUGCGCUGAAGGGACGCGUGCCGCCUGGUGACAGCCCCCCAGGCAACGGCUCUGGCCCACGGCACAUCAACGACUCCCCCUUUGGGACUCUGCCUGGCUCUGCUGAGCCCCCGCUCACCGCAGUGCGGCCCGAGGGCUCUGAGCCACCAGGGUUCCCGACCUCAGGCCCUCGCCGGAGGCCAGGCUGUUCCCGCAAGAACCGCACCCGCAGCCACUGCCGUCUGGGCCAGGCAGGCAGCGGGGGUGGCGGGACUGGUGACUCAGAGGGCUCAGGUGCCCUGCCCAGCCUCGCCUGCAGCCUCGCCCCCCUGGGCCUGGCACUGGUGCUCUGGACAGUGCUGGGGCCCUGCUGACCCCCAGCGGACACGAGAGCGUGCUCAGCAGCCAGGUGUUUGUACAUACGGGGUCUCUCUCCACGCCGCCAGCCAGCCGGGGCGGCCGACCCGUGGGGCAGGCCAGGCCAGGCCCUCCCUGACGGACGCCUCCCGCCCGCCACCCCCAUCUCCACCCCAUCAUGUUUACAGGGUUUGGCGGCAGCGUUUGUUCCAGAACGCCGCCUCCCACCCAGAUCGCGGUAUAUAGAGAUAUGCAUUUUAUUUUACUUGUGUAAAAAUAUCGGACGACGUGGAAUAAAGAGCUCUUUUCUUAA